AUUGUCUCAGACUAACUUAGAUGAAACUGCUCUGCUUGUAACCAAUUGGAGCCUAGAGGGAAUGCUGACUUAAUAAGCUUUAAAAGUAGUUGCACAGAAAGAGCAGCACACAAUUGCUGCACAAAUACCCAGCCCUCUCUCAACUGCCCAGAGACGAUGGACGGGUUUUCCAGCUGCUUUAAAUCUAGGGGGAUGCUGCUCUUUCUGGUUUGUUUCCUCUGCUUUCUGGAGAUUAAUGAAGCUAAACCAAAGACACCAAGAGGAGUUGCAAUUCCUUUUGUAUUUGAUUCGAAAGCUGUUUGUGAACCUCCAUGUCAGCAUGCAGGAAUCUGCAUUAGAAAUAACACCUGCUUCUGUUUUAAAGGCUACGAGGGAGACCACUGCCAGUACGUCAAUUGUUACCCAAAGUGUAAAAAUGGAGGAGAAUGUCUUCGCCCUGGGAAAUGCAGAUGUCCGAAAGGCACUGGAGGCAAAUACUGCCAUGAAGUAACUUGUGAUGGAGGCUGCUGGAAUGGCGGUGAGUGCAUUCACAUGAAUGGCAUUGUAAAGUGUCUCUGUACCUCAAGCUGGACUGGGUCCAAGUGCCAAGAUGCGAUCUGUCCCCAGGGAUGCAGAAAUAGAGGAAGCUGUGUUGCACCAGGAAUCUGUAGCUGUCCAGAAGGCUGGAUUGGAGGAGCAUGCCAUAUAGCUGUUUGUAAGCAUCCCUGUCUGAAUGGAGGAAAGUGCAUUGCACCCAAUACUUGCAGAUGUCGGCCCAAUUACUCCGGCCCACAGUGCAGAGAAAAGAGAGUCCAGUAAACCAGAAUUCCAUGAAAGCAUCAAACAACUUAAAAUGGCAGUGGAAAAGGCACCAGGAACCAUCUUAUGAAAGAUAAAAAGCAAUUAUUUAUCUACUUGCAAUUCCACCUAAUCCUGUUGUGCGGUCAUCGAGGUCAAUUAGUGUUUUGUUGUUUGCCAUGAAGUUCAUUAUUUAGUCUUGUUUAUUAAGGAUGCUCUGUAAAUUGUAAGCCUAAUUAAAAAUCUAACUGACUUUUA